AUGACGGAGCCGCUGGUUGCACUUGGUGGCCGGCACAUCGCCAUAUGCCAAAAGCAGCUCUUGAAGAGUCUUGAAACUGGAGGAGAAGGAGCCAGGGCCAGUGCCUGUGUUGAUUCGGCGAGAUCUUCCUCGCCUACCCAAAUCAAAUCCACGGCCUCCCCGCCUGAAACGGAAGAGCAAAGCUCCUGGACUCUCCGUUAUCCAUCAGCAUUAGAGAUUUUUGAGCAUAUAAUAUCAGCUUCCAAGGGAAAGCAGAUUGUGAUGUUUCUGGAUUAUGAUGGCACCCUCUCUCCGAUUGUUGAUGAUCCUGAUCAAGCAUUUAUGUCGAAAGAUAUGAGAGAAGCUGUAAGGGAUGUUGCUGCAUACUUCCCCACGGCUAUAGUGAGUGGGAGGUGCAGGGAUAAGGUUUAUAAUUUUGUAAGGUUAGCAGAACUAUACUAUGCAGGUAGCCACGGAAUGGACAUCAAGGGACCAUCCAAACGUCGAAAAUGGAAUAAAGGAAAUCAAGCAGUCAUCUUCCAAGCUGCUACUGAGUUUCUACCCAUGAUUAACGAGGUGUGCAAAACCUUGUUAAACAAAACAAGUUCCAUCCCCGGAGCAAAGGUCGAAAAUAAUAAGUUUUGCAUCUCCGUACACUUCCGCUGUGUUGAAGAAAAGAGAUGGGCUGAAUUAACAGAACAAGUUAAGAUGGUGCUCAGUGCGUAUCCUAAACUUAAACUGUCUCGAGGGAGGAAGGUGCUGGAGAUCCGUCCAACCAUCAAGUGGGACAAGGGCAAAGCCCUCGAAUUCUUGCUGGAGUCGCUAGGAUAUGCCAAUUCUAGCAACGUUUUGCCUAUCUAUAUUGGAGAUGACCAAACAGACGAGGAUGCGUUCAAGGUUUUGCGCGAUAGAGGGCAAGGGUUUGGGAUCCUUGUUUCUAGAGUUGCAAAGGAAACAAGUGCCACUUAUUCUUUGCAAGAACCAUUUGAGGUUAAGGAAUUUUUGCGGCGUUUGGUACUGGUGGAGAGGAAGAGAUGGUUACUGCAAGGUUAA